UUACAGAGUAUUACGUUGACGCGGUUGUAACAGAAAUAUCAACAUGUACAAGACUUUGUCUUUAACUUGCCUGUUCGUAAUGAACUUCGUAUUUUUUGAAAUCGCUGUAACAGAUCAAAAAGCAAUGAUACACCAGCAUUUUGAGCAACUGGGCAUUGAGUGUAUUAAGGAUCACAGCAUUACAGAAGAUGAUAUAAAUAAUCUGAGAACAAAAAAAAUUCCCAGCGGCGAAAACGCUCCUUGUUUCCUAGCCUGUAUGUUCAAAAAACUAGGCCUCUUGGAUGACGGUGGCUUACUACAGAAAGAGAAUGCACUUGAACUCGCUAAGAAAGUAUUUAAUGACGACGAAGAAUUAAAACUGAUUGAAGACUAUCUUCAUUCUUGUUCACAUAUUAAUUCUGAAUCAGUUAGUGAUGGCAAUAAGGGAUGUGAACGCUCCAUGUUGGCUUACAAAUGCAUGAUCGAGAACGCUUCACAGUUUGGAUUCGAUCUUUAAGAAGAGGCAUAUGACUAAUACAAAAACCACUCCGUAAGCAACAAUACGAUUAAGGAUUUUUUUAAACAUAAUGUUCUGUAAUUUCUCGCUUAAAAAAAUACUA